AUGUCGUCGUCGCAGACCAUGACAGCGUCUGCGGUGGGCCAUCGUCCGCCAGAUGCUGCUCCAAAUAUGUCGUCCGUGUACGACUACGCCCGCUCCCAGCAGCAACACGACGACCAACCGCACCCCUCCCCGCCCAGCGACUCCGCAAUCCGCCCUCUGCACGAUUCUGCCCCCGACUCUCCUCCCAAUGGCCUGUCUACCCUGUCCUCAACCACCCCCGUGGUCAAAUCCGAACCCGGCGACCACGAUUCUGCCCCCUCCGCGUCCGCUCCUCCAGAAGCCCAGUCCGAUAUGCGUCGUCAAUCGGCCGCCAGCGCGCUCCUGGCUCAACUCCUCGGGAACCAGGUCUCGGCCGACGGGCUGGAGUCUGAGGAUCAUCCAAUGCCGCAAGCCCAAGACGGGGCCGAGCCGUCCCAAAAUAACGACCAGGAUGUAAAGAGUCAAUGGCACUUCGAAUCGACCUCCGAACCCCCGGCUGCCCCUGCAGAUUCGACCAAUGGAGGCGCGGAUCAAUAUCCGCCGGAAUCGACUGAAUCGCUGGCUCCUCACCAACAAGACGAGAAAAACCCCGAACAACAUACCGAUUUAUCCUUUUCGAACCCAGAUCAUGGCGAUAGUAUGUCAAUGAAGGCAUCAGAUGCUGUAGAAGGCUUGACGGAUCCGUUACUGUUCUCCAAAGCGAGUUUAGACCAUCCCGACCUUUUUUCCUCCUUCGAUAUCACCGCCGCUCCGAAGACCCCGUUUGAAGCCCUUCAGCAGAAUGAGAUGCUUACCGCCGCCUACCUCUCGCAAAGCGCUGAUCUUUCCGCCCUUGGCUAUUCUGGUGGGCAUUUGUCUCACGAUAUCGCUGGCUCAGUCGCGGGAUCGGAGCCCCGAAUCCAGGCAUUUGCGAAGCUAGAAUUCGAUGACGGUCACUUUUACUGCAAUACAUACUCCUUCAUUCUUGGACGUGAUGUACGGGCGGCCCGGGCGGCGCAUCAGCGCGAAAUCCAGGUCCGUCAGGCGAUGAGGACUUCCCGGGCUAAGAGUUCGAGCGGUGGCAACACGUCGCAUACGCCCAACCGCGUGAAACAUGAGGGCAGUGGCAUCUUAGGAAGUGUGGUCAGUGACCGCGGUGGUAUUAUGGGGUUUGAUCCCGAUAUUCCGCCUCAUUUACCACACCAUCUCAGUCGUCGCUCGUCCGUGUCUUCCCACGCUGAAUCGGCUCCGUUGCAUGCGACUCCGGCCCAAUUACAAUCGACUACUGAUUACAAUGCACUUGCAAUGCAGUCCUUGAACGAAGAGAACGGCGAUGCGAAGCCAGUGGAUGCUUUGGCUUUACUUCCUUCGCCGGAUGCGUGUCCAACGAUCCCUAUUCAUCCCCCAGCGACGGUCGACGGUAGUGCUGCCGGGCAUCGAGGGAUCUCACGUAAACAUGUCAAAAUUGCAUACAACUUUGACCGAAACCUUUUCGAAAUGGAGGUUAUGGGAAGAAAUGGCGCUUUUAUCGGCGCGGAUUGGCUAUCACCGGGGCAAGUAAGACCCUUACAUAGUGGCGAUUAUAUCCAAAUAGGAGGCGUCCGCAUCCGCUUCCUGCUUCCCGACGUCCCAAUUGGCGAAACUGGAGCAGAUAGAGUGGAAGAACCAUUUACGGCCGAAGACGAGAAUGCUCAGGCUUCAACCACGGCCGAGAACGAAACGCCAGCUCCGAAGCGCGCAUCUGAUGGCUCAGAGACAAAGGAGACGCCGAAGACCACGAAGAUCAUUCUCAAGACCCGGGCUGAACCUGAUCCGUCGCGACCAGUGCAGUCCGUUGAAGGCUCCGGAGAUCCCAACCAGCAGCCUGUUCGGCGUCGUGGUCCUGGACGGCCGCCUAAGGACGGCAUCAUGUCCAAACGCGAGCGAGCCGAACUGGCAAGAGAACAGAAGUUGGCGGCGAAGCGCGAGGCCAAUGGAGGCGUCACUCCUCCGCCCAUGAACCGUCCCAAAGCUGGAAAGGCACCAGCACCAACCAGUGGUGCUACGGCACCACCCAAAGAAUCAGUUGGUGCGGAGUCGCCUAAUUCCAAGCCGGAGAAGCGCAAGUACACGAAGAGGAAGAAGCCUGAUGGUACGCCCAUGGACUUUCCACUACCCUCAACCGAGGGCGGCCAGUUUCCCAUGGAACAUCGCCCAGAGGAGUUCAUCAAGGCACCUCCAGUCAAGAAGCGCAAGCCCUCUCGCUCACCAUCGCCCAAUUACCCUCCCGAAUCCGCCUACACACCGGAGGAUCUGGCCAAACCACCAUACAAUUAUGCCGUGCUUAUCUUUGAUGCCCUCACUGAGGCUGGUACUCCGAUGACGCUCAAGCAGAUUUACCGCGCGCUGAAGCUGAAAUACCCGUAUUUCCGAUUCAAGUGUGAAACCGAAGGCUGGACGUCUAGUGUGCGACAUAACCUCAAUGGCAACAGCCAUCUCUUCAUGCAUGCAGAGCGUGAUGGCAAAGGAUGGUCGUGGCAGCUCCGCCCAGGGGCAUCGGUUGAGAAGGAAAAGAAGCGACGCCCGUCGCCUCCUCCGCCGGCGUCGCAGCCUCCGUCUGCACCGGCAGCUACUCCCCAGUAUAUGCCUCAGCUGAACCCAUCCUAUGGCAAUCAGCAUGGACAACCUGGGAUGGCCAAUCCGCACUUCCAAUUUCCCUCUAUGCCUCCCAAUCCUUAUGCACCUCCUCCUCCUCCUCCCCCAGCUCCUGCCCCCAAUCCUACUCCUACACCUCACCAUUCCAGUCCCUAUCCGCCUCCUGCUCCAGCUGCUGCCUCUACACCCUUCCCGAUACCGAGUCCGCUCCGCAACAACCUUCCACCUGCUUUUGCGCAGACCACACCCUCCACUUAUACCUCGCCUUAUGCCUCGGAUCCGCCGCCGCAGCUGGUUCAGCUGCAGCAGUCGCAACAGACGCAGCCAAUGCCACCCCAACCACAGCACCAGUCACCUUAUCCUCCACCCAACCCACCGUCCAUGCCGCCGAUGAAUGCACCGCCACAUCAAGGCCAUCAUCCUCCCCCGCCGCCCCCAGGUCCACCUAUGCAGCAUCCUCCGCCGAAUAUGGGCAUGGGUCACGACCCUGGGCCGGGCCCAAUGGACAACUCGGAGGCGUCGUCGUUCAAUGAGCGGGCCAGCAAGGCGAUUGACGACUUUGAAGCGGUCCUGAUGGAAGACUACGAGGAUAAGAACUACAUCCGGGAGGUGCUCAAGAGUGCCCGCGCUCGCGUUCUCGGCAAUGCCACGGAUAGUUCGUUCCCCGGCGGCGAACCGAAGGAUGAAGCAGUCAUCCUGGAUGCGCUUCGUAAUCUGAUCGGUAGCUUAAAGGACGAAUAG